AUGGAUAAAUACAGCAGACAAAUGUCCGCCGAAGAUGAGCACAACAGACCUAAACGCUCAAUUCAACUUCCAGUUUACCUAAAGGAUUACAAAGUCAUGCGAGAUAGCAAAGAGGAAGAAUCAGAAGAUAUAGAUUCUUCAGAAAAUGGCUCAUCAGAAGAAGAAAAUAUUGCCAACUGCAUCACCGACGAACAAGCAGCACAACCAUUGAGCAUGCAGGAAACAGCGCAGACAUGUAACGAGGUCAACAUGAAAGGAUUAGAGAUCCAGAGUCCACGUGGUCGACGCCGUGAGUCUCCCGGGCCACGCAGCCUACGUCACCGUGAGUCCCAGAGUCCACACAGUCGCCAUCGUGAGUCUCCCAGUCCACGCAGUCACCGCCGUGAGUCUCCCAGUCCACGCAGUCACCGUCGUGAGUCCCAGAGUCCACGUGGUCGACGCCGUGAGUCUCCCGGUCCACGCAGCCUACGCCACCGUGAGUCCCAGAGUCCAUACAGUCGCCACCGUGAGUCUCCCAGUCCACGCAGUCACCGUCGUGAGUCCCAGAGUCCACGUGGUCGACGCCGUGAGUCUCCCGGUCCACGCAGCCUACGUCACUGUGAGUCCCAGAGUCCAUACAGUCGCCAUCGUGAGUCUCCCAGUCCACGCAGUCAUCGUCGUGAGUCCCAGAGUCCACGUGGUCGACGCCGUGAGUCUCCCGGUCCACGCAGCCUACACCGUCGUGAGUCUCAGAGUCCACGCAGUCACCGUCAUGAGUCCCAGAGUCCACACAUAUGGCGUCGUGAGUCUCCGAGUCCACGCAGACGCCAGUCUCCUAGUCCACGCCGACGCCAUCGUGAGUCUCCAAGCCCACGCCGACGCCAUCGUGAGUCUCCAAGUCCACGCCGACGUCAUCAAGAGUCUUUGAGUCCACGCGAACGCCAUCGUGAGUCUCCGAGUCCACGCUUACGCCAUCGUGAGUCACCGAGUCCACGCUUACGCCAUCGUGAGUCACCGAGUCCACGCCGACGCCAUCGUGAGCCAACGAGUCCACGCCGACGCCAUCGUGAGCCUACGAGUCCACGCCGACACCAUCGUGAGCCUCCGAGUCCACGCCGACGCCAUCGUGAGUCUCCGAGUCCACGCCUAGGCCAUCGUGAGUCUCCGAGUCCACGCAGCACCCACCACAGUGAGUCUCCGAGUCCACGCUCACGUCGUCGUGAGUCCCAGAGUCCACGCCAACGCUUUGGUGAAUCCAUAAAUUCACAUUACUACUUCCAAAGAUCUCACCAACGACAUAAUGAGAGACGUUUUCAUAAUUAUGACUACAAUUAUGAGUCAGGUGACCCAAGGAACCACACGUCAACUUAUCCUAAUGAAAGACAUUCUAGUCACUAUCACUAUGAUCGACCUGCUGGCAGAUACGAACCUCCGAGGUACAGCACACAGCACGAACAUGCAUAUCGAGGGCCAACCCCAACCAUUCCCUAUUUUGUGCAUGAGGACCCCCGAGAGUUCACUCGCCUCAAAGUUGCUCUUGAUAAUCUUCUGCCGCGAGAUGCUACAGAGCAGUUCAAAUACCAGAUUUUGCUGGAUCAUCUCAAGUUGGAGGAAGCGUUACUCCUUGCUGAUUCAUACUGUAGCAGCUGCUACCCCUACAGUGACACUAUGAAUGCUCUCAAUGAACAAUACGGUCAGCCUCACCAGUUAGCACUGAAACGCAUCGCCGAGUUUAUGGAUGAGCCAAACAUCAGAAGCGGUGAUACCAAGGCAUUCCGGAAAUUUGCUUUAAAGGUGCGUGCCCUGGUUGGGAUGUUGUUUCAGUUAGGUGAUCUUGGGCAAACAGAGUUAAAAUGUGGUUCACACGUAUCCAGAAUAUUAACUAAGUUGCCACAUCACCUCCGAGCAGAUUUCAAGAGACACGUGAAUCCUCUCCGAACACCGAUCCCCACUCUAUUACAUUUAUCAGAUUGGUUGGAGUAUGAAGUCAGGGUUCAUGAAGACAUUUUGCAGUUCUCCAACAAGUCCAGCAGAGACCGCCCUUUCACAAGGAAAGAGCAACCAAGAGAGACUCAACCAAAGGGCAGCUUUGUGUUUCACAGUAGUGAGCUAAAGCAAGCUGAAAUGAGGCCGUCUAAGCAUGAAUCUAAAGAAAAUACAAAAGAACCAACAAAAUUCUGCCCCUUUUGUAAUACAACCCAACAUUUUCUUAACCAGUGCACAAACUUUAAAAUCCUAACGAAGGACCAAAUAGACAACUGGAUUCGUUCAAACAAGAGAUGUUGGAGAUGCGGGCGUGAACAUUUGUCAUCACAAUGCACUCUAAAGGCAAGAUGCAAGAAGUGCAAAGGAAAACACUUAGAGGUGCUCCACGAAAAUAAUGCAAUUCAAGAUCACAGCCCCACAACCAGCAUUCCAGUCGGUAAUGACAACACUGGAAUAAUGUGCUCCACUGUUGAAACACUAUAUGUGGAUAAACCUACGAGUAGCAACAAAGUGCUGCUUAAAGUCAUCAGAGUCAUCCUGAAAAAUGGAAAUACAGCGCUGGAUACCUACGCCGUGCUUGAUGAUGGCUCAGAGCGAACCAUUCUCCUCCAUGAGGCAUUCCAAGCCCUAGGACUUCACGAGAGCCCUGAGGAUCUGCAUCUAAGAACUGUACGACAAGACGUCUGUAUUGUCCACGGUUCCUCUGUAUCAUUCACACUUUCAUCUGCCACCAACCCAAGUCAAAACUAUGAAAUACGCAAUGCCUUCACUGCCAAGAAGCUUGCUCUGGGGAGUCACUCCUACCCAAUAGAUACCCUCAGAAGAAAAUAUCUACACCUUAAAGACUUGCCAAUUCCUGCUAUAGACCAAGCACAGCCACUGCUUUUGAUAGGUUCUGACCAUCAACACCUCAUCCUUCCAAUAGAGCCAGUCCGCCUUGGGCCUCCAGAUGGUCCAGCAGCUGUCAAGACAAUCUUGGGAUGGACCUUACAAGGCCCAUCAAGGCACCUAAAUAGUGCUUUUCCUUCUGCACAUUGCUUCUUUACUUCCGGUCAUCUACCUCAAGCCGACCUCUUCACUCAUGUUGAACGUUUAUGGCAACUUGAUGUUUUGCCUUAUCGCAGUGAAAAGGCUGUUACAAGAUCAAGAGAAGACUCAGAAGCACUGAAGACAUUGGCGGAGAGAACUACCAGAGUGGAAGUGAACGGUGUCCAAAGGUAUGCAACACCCUUAAUAUGGAAAAAGAAUCUACCCCAGCUCCAAGCACCUAAAGAAGCUGUACUUGGCCUUUUACGUAGUACAGAGAAAAGGUUGGCAAAGGACACAAUGAAGAUUGUAGCCUAUAAGGAGGAAAUCAACAAACUCCUUAAUUCAGGCUACAUAAAGAAACUGUUACCUACUGAAGUUGACUCCAGCCCUGGGUGGUACAUUCCCCACCAUAUGGUAACCCAUAACGCCAAGAAUCGAAUAGUAUUCAACUGUUCAUUCAAGUACAAAGGACUGUCUUUGAACGAUCACUUACUUCCUGGUCCCACUCUUAGUUCAAGUCUUCUAGGAGUCUUGUUGCGAUUCAAAGAGAAUAAAGUGGCCAUCAGCAGUGACGUAAAGGGGAUGUUUCACCAGGUACGCCUCCUGCCCGAAGACCAGUCGUACCUAAGGUUUCUUUGGCGGAACACAACCAAUGAAGCCCCCGAAGUGUACCAGUGGUUAGUACUUCCAUUCGGAACUGUUUCGAGCCCCUGCUGUGCCACAUUUGCUUUGCAAACUCACGUGAUAAACAAUAGUGAGUCAAACGAAGAUGUCCGAACAGCAGUUACACGUUGUUUCUACGUCGAUAACUGGCUGCAGAGCCUACCAUCAGUCCAACAGGCACAGUCCCUCGCCAACAAGUUACGUCGUAUACUGGAAGAAGGCGGUUUUGAACUUCGUCAGUGGGCAACCAGUCACCCAGAGGUAAUCAAACACCUACCUCUCGAGUGCACAUCAGAAAGCACAAAACUCUGGUUCACCCAAAACAGCCACGACCCUCAAGAGUUGGCACUAGGGCUUAUGUGGCAUUGUCGUUCGGAUACGUUGUGCUACAAACCAGCCCCUUCCAUCAGAGAGCAGCCUACUAUGAGAGUCAUCUACAAGGUGCUUGCCAGUCAAUUUGACCCAUUGGGAUACAUCAGCCCAUAUAUCACCAGAGCCAAAAUAUUAGUACAGAAACUCUGGACGAAAAAACGAGAAUGGGAUGACCCCAAUUUGCCUGAGGAUUUGCUCAAAGCUUGGACAUCCUGGGAAAACGAACUUCCCCAACUCACCGAGAUCUCAUUUCCAAGGUGCUACACCGAAUCCACCUCGCAUCAUUCCACCUGCACUAGGACAGUUCACAUAUUCAGUGAUGCUUCAGAGCAGGCAUAUGGAUCGGUGAGUUACCUCCGCACUACCCAUCAAGAUAAUGUACAAGUGUCCUUUCUGGCUGCUAGAUCGCGCGUGGCACCGAAAAAACAGCUAUCAAUGCCGAGACUUGAACUUUGUGGUGCAUUAAGUGGAGCUCAACUUGCAGCGAUGUUGAAAAGAGAGCUCACACUGGAGAUAAAUGAGUACAUCUACUGGACUGACUCCACAACAGUCCUCACUUGGCUGCAGUCAGAGUCCUGUAACUAUAAGGUGUUCGUCGGGACCCGCAUAGCGGAAAUCCAGGAGCUCACCGACCCAAUGGCAUGGCGAUAUGUGAACUCACAAAACAACCCGGCAGAUGAUAUCACGCGUGGAAAAACUCUGGCCUACUUUAAGAACCACAACCACUGGAACAAAGGUCCAGAUUUCCUAAAGCAACAUCAUUCCAAGUGGCCAGUCAAACCGGUCAUUUUAAAUAAUGACAUUCCCGAAGAGAUGAGGAAAUCUGUGUUUUGUGGCCAGAUUUCAAACUGCACAGCUCAUCUGCUACCUGAUCCACAACAAUUCGGACAUUUCCAAGAAUUGUUAGAGACCAUUGCUCGCAGCCUGCACGGGGCGGCAAACAAAGAUUACAGUCCAUCUGCAGAAGAUUACCGGCAGGCUGAACUAACAAUUCUGAGAAAGGCACAGUGCGACAGUUUCCCAAUAGAAGUGGAACAUUUAAAGGCUGGGAGAGCUGUACGUCCCGAUAGUCGUCUGUUGAAGCUGUCACCAGAGUGGGAUCAAGAAAUGGAAUUGAUAAGAGUUGGUGGUCGUCUCCGCCACUGUAAUCUUACUACAGAUUCUCUUCAUCCAGUAGUACUUGAUCCAGCCCACCACAUCACCAAGCUUAUUCUCAAGACCUACGACCAGCAGCUACGUCAUCCAGGAGCUGAGCGGGUCUUCGCGGAGAUUCGCAGGCGCUAUUGGAUUUUAAGAGGCAGACAAGCAGUGCGUAAGCUCCAGCACGAGUGCCCAGAAUGUCAAAAAUGGAGGGCAAAACCAGAAACCCCAAAAAUGGCUGACUUGCCCCCAGCUCGCCUCAGACUUCAUCAUCCAGCAUUCUAUUCUACAGGUAUGGACUGCUUUGGCCCCCUAGAGGUUAAGGUGGGGAGGCGAACUGAGAAACGUUGGGGUAUUCUCUAUAAAUGUCUAACCACCAGAGCCGUGUACAUUGACCUUCUAACCAGCCUGGACGUUGAUGCUUUCCUGAUGUCCUUGCGCAGACUGAUUGCAAGGAGAGGCAAACCGCAUGAAGUCUACUCUGACCAAGGGACAAAUUUCAAGGGAGGCAAUGCAGAAUUACAGCAGACCUUCAAUGAACUUGCCCCUCUUUUGAAAAGCCAACUGUCUUCACAGCAAAUUGACUUUCACUUUAAUCCCCCAAAGGCACCACAUUUCGGUGGAGUUUGGGAAAGAGAGAUCCGAUCUGUCAAAUCAGCUCUUCGCACCACCUUAGGAGUGCAAGUCGUUCCUGAAGAAGUGCGAAGAACUGUGCUAGUGGAGAUCGAAGGAAUAUUAAACUCUAAACCUCUGGGUUAUGUGUCAUCAGACAUCGCAGAUCCAGACCCCAUUACACCAAAUACUCUUCUAAUGGGGCGGCACGAUUCAGCAUUGCCAUUGGUGGUUUACCCCAAAUCAGAUCUUUCGAGCAGAAAGCGGUGGAGACACAGUCAAAUCCUUAGUGACCAGUUUUGGAGAUGUUUCACACAAAACUACCUACCCACUCUGCAGACCCGCAACAAAUGGACAGAGGACAAAGACGACCUCAAGGUUGGAACCGUGGUCAUGGUGGCCGACCCACAGUCUCCAAGGUCCCUCUGGCCCGUCGGAACAGUCAAGACCAUCAUGCCGGGAAGAGACAACAAGGUUCGGGUGGCGGAAGUUCAAGUUAAGGACAAACUCUUUGUUCGACCGGUGGCUCGUCUGAUCAGACUACCUGCCUUCCCCCAAGACGAAGACACCUAGCUGGCCUAAAUUGACACAAAUCUGUUUCACAAAUUUGGGGGCGGCUGUUAAAAAUGCCAGGUUUGCAUGUUGCGUGUUUUGGAUCCCCCUGGUGGUGAGUUGCAAUUUGUUGUUUUUCUGAUCAGGCAUAUUUUGGCCACCUAACGAAAGUUAAGACCCACGUUAACAAUAGAAAGAAGAGAAAUAAAGCAUUGUUGAGGAAGAGCAAGUUUUUGGUCUCAUUAAUUCGGACGGGCAUAAUUAUAGUUCUAACCGGACUAUCUGCAGUGGUAUCCAACCUUCAUCA